AGCACGUGACAGCCAUGAGCUAGGAGCAGACAUCUGUACGAUGAACCUGUUACCGAGGAGCAGUAAGGAGUUCUCCUCCAGCGAGUACUGGGAGCAGUUCUUCAGGCGCAGGGGGGAGCGGGCCUUUGAGUGGUAUGGCGGGUACCUGGAGCUGUGUGCUGUGCUGCACAAGUACAUUAAGCCCAAAGACAAGGUCUUGGUUGUGGGAUGUGGGAACUCCGAGUUGAGUGAACGACUCUAUGAUGCCGGAUGCCAAAAUCUAACAAACAUAGAUGUGAGCGAGGUGGUCAUUCGACAGAUGAACGAGCGCAAUGCCAGUAGACGGCCCAACAUGACUUACCAACUGAUGGAUGCCACCAAGACUACAUUUACAGAUUCCCAGUUCCAAGCUGUGCUAGAUAAGGGGACGCUGGAUGCAAUACUCACUGACACUGAGGCUGGCACCCUGGGCACUGCCACCCAGUUACUGACUGAAAUUGGCCGAGUCCUCCAGUGUGGCGGGCGCUAUCUUUGUGUAUCCCUGGCUCAAGCCCAUGUGCUGGAGAAGCUGGUCACACAGUUUUCUCAAGGAGGAUGGAUGGUUCGUAUUCACCAGGUUUCUGGAAAUGUCAGUCAGGAGUCUGGCAGCCAGUUUCCCCUGCCCGUGUUUGUAUUUGUAAUGACUAAAGUGAAGCAGAUGCCAGGGUUCCCUCAAGUCUUGGAGAUGAUGCCAGAUGAUGAAGGUGGCAAAUCUGUGCGCUGUGGAAGCCCUAAUGAAUUGAUGGACAUGGUGAAGGAAAGACAGAGCUAUGCACUGAUCCGAACCCGCUUGACACAGAACCAGAGUUCUUCAGAAGUGUCACUGGACUUAUGUGAUGGGGUCUCUGGAAAAACGCGCUAUACCUUUCAUGUGGUGGAUUGUCCAACAAUACGAUCUCACUCCAAUCACUUUGCUAUAUUUAUCGUUCCACAAGGAAGGGAAACGGAGUGGCUUUUCGGUUCAGAGACAGGACGGAGACAAUUGGCAACAGGCGUCGGAUUCCAUCGUCUGCUAAUUGUGGCCUUGCAUAGAGAUCAGCAGUAUGACAGCAUGGAAGCCAUUCAGUCUGAGUUGUCUGCCAAAGUGCUGGAACUUGCUCCACCAGGGUUGCCCGAUAAUCAGCAGGUUCCAUUUUUGUCAGCUGGUGGAGACAUUGGAAUCCGGACGGUCCAGUAUCGUGGCAGGAGUGAACUCAGCGGGGACUAUGUGGUGGAGGACGUACGAGGCGAUGGAACAAGCUAUUUUAGGCGUCUUAUUUUCCUCAGUAACCAAAAUGUAGUCCAGUCCGAGGUUCGGCUACUGCCAAGUAACACUCACAGUGGUCAGAAAAAGAAGAGAAAAGACAAGAAGAAGCAGCAGACCCCAACCGGCAAGAUAGAGCCAGAAACUACACAUGUGAUUGACAAGAGCUACCUCUGCUGUGAACACCAUAAAGCAAUGAUUUCUGGGCUCUCACUCCUUCACAAUCCUGGAGUAGCUCCAGACCACCACACGUCUGUACUGGUGGUAGGGCUCGGCGGAGGCAGUCUGUCACUCUUUAUUCAUGACUACUUCCUGGGCUCACAAGUCGAAGCUGUUGAAAUUGAUUCCGCGGUCCUGGAUGUCGCCAGCUGCUGGUUUGGGUUCUCUCUGGACGAUCGUUUGAAGGUUCAUCUUGCUGAUGGUCUAUCUCAUAUAAAUGACCUGGCCGAAAAAGGAAAAGCUUCUUAUGACGUGGUGAUGUUCGAUGUGGACAGCAAAGAUACCAGCCUCGGUAUGAGCUGCCCACCGCCUGCUUUUGUGGAGAAGAAGUUUUUACAGAACGUCCACAAGAUCUUGAAGGAUGAUGGUAUCUUCAUACUGAACCUGGUGUGCCGGGACCCUGUGUUGAAGAAGAAAGUGAUAAAUAGCAUCCGUGAAGUUUUCCCACUGAUUUAUGUGCAAAAGAUUGAGGAUGAGGUGAAUGAAAUCCUGUUUUGCCGACCUGUUUCUGAUCAAAGUCGUGACCUCUCUGAUCUAAAAGAGUCUGCAAGAAGCUUAGAGAAACGGUUAAAGAGACCAGGGAUGCUCUGGGACGAAAGCUUUGUCCUUGCUGACAUGUUCAAAUCAGUCCACAUCGUCUAGGAUUGUGCGGAAAUCACCAGUGGUCGCCUUAGCAAAGGAAUACGUGGAGCAAAUACUUUAUGUCGACAUGGGGACAAUGUAGAGAAAGCCCAAAUCCACAAAGUAUGGCGUCUGCUUUAAUAAAAUGUACCAAUUCUAUAUGA